GAAGAAAAAGAAACUAGCGAGCUUAUAUUAGAUUUAUUGGAGCACCAAAGAAGAGAAGACACACUAGCUGAAUUGGUUUCAAGAAAAGAUAAAGUGGAUAAUCUUUCACAGAUGAUUUGGAAUUCACCCAAUGUUGUAUCAGUUCUUCUCCAGGAUAUUACCGCUCUCUAUGAAAAUAUUUCACUACCAAAUCCAAAAUUAAAGGCCAGAGCUUCAAACAAAAUUUGUAAUAUUUUAAUUAUCUUUCAGUGUAUAGCUUCAGAUCCAGAAAUUAGAUCACAGUUUAUCCAAUUAAAAAUAAUAUCAUAUGUUUAUCCAUAUUUAUUAACAACUUCAAAGUCAAAGCCAUUCGAAUACCUUCGUCUCACUUCACUUGGUGUAAUAAGUUCUGCUAUUAAACAAGAAUCUCAAGAAAUAAUUUCAUACUUGAUAGAUAUAGAUAUAUCCACACCUUGUUUAAAAAUAAUGGAAAAUGGUAAUGAUUUAUCAAAAACUGCAUCGGCAUUUAUUCUUCAAAAAAUAUUAAAUUGGGAUGAUGGAUUAAAUUAUUUUGUUCAAUCCUCUGAAAGAUUGGCCAAUCUAACCAAUGUGUUAAAGAAUAUGGUUGAAGCAAUGAUACCAGACCACAUGUCCUCACGUCUUUUAAAACACAUUGUCAGAUGUUAUCUUAGAUUAUCUGAGUGCGCUAAAAUUAGGGAUCAUCUUCCAAGUUGGAUGCCAGCAUGUUUUUCAAAUGGUAAAUUAAACGAGUUCAUUCAAAAAGAAGGUGACGUAAUCGUUAAACGUUGGUUUACUCAGUUAAUGGGCAAUCUU